UAGUCAGUAUUGUUAUAGCUAUAGCUGGUGUAGAGACUAUGAUUUCACUUCAUUGUGUGAAUGUGUGUGUCCUGGUGGUCCUCACCUCCUGCAUGUGUGCCCGCGGGCGCUCCACAGGAAUGGACGAUGAUUCGUCCGGGUUCUGGUGGGCACCAAAAGGUGUUUUUCACCACCACCAACACCACCACUCCGAGCCCAAGCCCGAGCCCUGGUGCCAAUGUUAUGAUUUUGAAUGUUUCUGCUGCGCUGAAAAGCUCAUCACACGGGAUAAUCGUGGGCACAUUCACAUGAACGCGUGUGUGAAUAUGCGCUGGCUCCCGGAGGAGGAUGUGUUCUCUGUGGUGUUCACCGUCAACGGCAAUGACGUCUACAGGACGAACACGGCACUGAGUUCCAGGAAGGUUGAGGAAUGUAUCCCUACCUCAGGCCUGCUAGUGCACCCAACUGGGAAAAUCUGCUUCCGAUUGUACCAGAUCGAGGUUGAUUCAGGGCAGAUGUGCGCAGAUCUGAUAGGGAAAGCCAUCAUUCAGGGUAAAGAGGAGGUUAUCAAGGAACACUUCGGCUGCUUCCGGAUUGGCGAUGUGGUAUAGGAGGAUGCCAACAGUAACACUACAAGAGACGAAAAUGUAGUCCCUGUUUUGUAUGAUUGAACACUGUACAACUAGCACAAUUUCAUUAUAUAUUUAUUAAUUAUAUAAAAUAAAAAGAUAAAA